CGCGUCUCCCUCUCCGCUGACGACUGCUUCCACGUGGGCAAGGUGGCCUAUGACACGGGAGACUACUACCACUCCAUCGCAUGGCUGGAGGAGGCUGUCGGCCUCUUCCGUCUCUCCUACGGCAGCUGGAACCCCGAAGACCGGAGCAGCCUGGAGGAUGCUCUGGACCAUCUCGCCUUCUCCUACUUCAUGGCUGGAAACAUCUCCCACGCCUUGAGCCUCUCCAGGGAGUUUCUUCACUACGACCCCAGUAACCAAAGGGUGGCGAGGAACGUGGCCAAGUACGAGAAGCUGCUGGAGACAGGGACGGCGGCGAGCGCUGGACCCCUGCGACGCCCCAACGGCACCCACCUACAGAGCCGCGACACCUACGAGGAGCUGUGCCAGCGCCCAGGGGUGCAGCCGACCCCAGAGCGUCUCCCGCACCUUGGCUGCUCCUACGAGACCAACGGCAGUCCCUACCUCCUUCUCCAGCCUGCCAAGAAGGAGAUGGUCCAGAUCCAACCCUACGUGGCUUUGUACCACGAUUUCGUCAGCGACGCCGAGGCUGAGACCAUCAAGAGGUUGGCAGGGCCCUGGCUGCAGAGGUCCGUGGUCGCCUCUGGGGAGAAGCAGCAGAAAGCCGAGUACCGGAUAAGCAAGAGGUAGUGGGGUGCUCCCGCAGCGCACACUGCCGACCCAGUGGUGCGGGCGUUGGAGCAGCGCAUCGCGGCAGUCACCGGCCUGGACCUGCGGCCACCCUACGCCGAGUACCUGCAGGUGGUCAACUACGGGUUGGGAGGCCACUACGAGCCACACUUCGACCACGCCACGAACGCAGCUCUCUUCUGGUGGAACCUACGGAGGAAUGGGGACGGUGACGGGGACACCCUGCAUGCUGGCUGCCCCGUCCUGGCCGGGGACAAGUGGGUGGCAAAUAAAUGGAUCCAUGAGCACGGGCAGGAGUUUCGGCGGCCGUGCAGCGCCGACCCACGAGACUGA